UUAAUCAGGAUUCAUCAUCGUCCCUCUCUGAUUUGCAUACAAUGCGCGCGGUUGAAACCCAAAAAUUACAUAGAGGGUAAGUGCUGGUGCAUAUAAUUUUGUUGGAACUAUAUUUCAGAUAUUACGGUAGCAGUCGGGGCCACCAUGCCGGAAGUACAGUUGCGGGGAUUCGGAACCAACUAGUAUGGAUGCUUGAGCGAACGGUAGUUUCAACCGAUUGUUUUCACACAGGAAAGCCUCGAAACCCUCACUAGGUUGACUGUUUAUGCAUGAAUUGCGCAAACCGCAUGCAGCAUGUCCGAACAAGACUUUCAGUCCCAGCUUGCUGCUAUCAUGGAGAUCCUGGUUAAAGCAGCUGUGCGUGAAACUACUAAACUUUAUGAAACGGGCGUUCUCGAGCUAAGGAUCGAAAUCGCCCAAAUAAAGCAAGAAAACGAAACUCUGAAGUCAAGGUUGCAGUCUUCGGAAAAUGCGUGGAGAGUCCGAGAAGGGGAAGAAAGCACGAAGGAUGACAGCCUGAACGAAAAAUAUUUCCCAACUGCAGCCAGCCAGGAAGUGGGGAAGAGCUGCAGUCACACUUGGCUUUUCGAGGGUCCCUCCUGUCAGGAUAACGAGGAGAAAGAGGAGGAGGACGUGACCGUAGCAAACCCCAUCUCCUCCUUUAAGGAGGAAAGUCCUGAGGUGGAAUUCAUCCUAAUCAAGCAGGAGGAUUCUGACAUUGAGGAGUACACGCCUGAGAUUUCACCUCUCGAGGGGGAGAGACGCAAGGCUGCUGGCAGAGACCUGCUUAGGGGAACAUAUGAAAAUUCUCUCCUGGUGGGAGCCGUAGGUUCUGCCACCUUCCCAGACAUUGUAGAAACGGCUCCUACUGGCAUACAGCCUGGACUAGGAAAAGACAGGUCAACACGGGCACCCAGGGGAGGACAAUCUACAUGCAUAACAGAGCCAGGAAGCAAGCGCCUUCCCCAGAAACCCCAUCAGAGCAGAAUCAGUUACUCCAGCACCAAGGCCUCUGAGGACAGAGUGGAAGGUGUCAGGCUGCAAGGGAUAGCCUACGCGGAGGAGAACAGCCUCAGAGAGGCUGGCAAGCCACCGUCACCCUGGCCCGUGGAGCAAAACCCCUCCGUUAAGUCCUCUCACAUAAAAGUACAGCCUGUCCGUUUUACAGAAGAGGAAGCUGGUUGCACAUCUCACACAGCUCAGCUCUUGAAAUCUCACUACCCAAAUGGUGGCUUCACUCCCUUACCCCAUCUCGGCCACGAUGCCAGGCCACAAGUUACAUACAGCCUUGAGCCAACUGCCGAGGCUGAUGCAAUUCGCCUGGGGCAGGAUGCAGACCAUAUGGGUGUCGGAGAGGAGCGUGACAGAUUGGGGCACCUCCCUCAGUACCUUUUGGACAGCUGGAGCCCUGGUUCUUUGAAACCGAUGAACACGUUGCCGAAGAACAAGCAACAGCAGCAGCAGCAAGGGUUUCCUUUCCAGUGUGGCCAGUGUGGGAAGGUCCUUAGUUCAGCCACUGCUCUCGAAGCCCACCAGAGCCUACAUACAGGGGAGAGACCAUACUCCUGCACCAAGUGCGGGAAAGCUUUCCCAAGCCUGCGCGGCCUCAAUAGGCAUAGCCAGGUCCACUCGGGAGAGAGGCAGCACCACUGCCACCAGUGCGGGAAAAGCUUCGUCUAUCAGUUUAGCCUGACGAAACAUCAGCUGAUCCACUCGGGGGAGAGGGCGCACGCAUGCAAGCACUGUGGCAAGAGUUUCGUUUUUAAGUCCGACCUCACUAUACACACGCGCAUGCAUACAGGGGAGACGCCUUACGGCUGCAGCAUCUGUGGGAAGGAGUUCAAGCACCGCAGAGCGCUAAACAUGCACCUGCAGGGUCACUCGGGAGAGAGACGGCACCACUGCACCUACUGCGGGAAGAGCUUUUUGGACCUGGGUAAUUUCAAACGGCACAAGCGAAUUCACACUGGUGAGAAACCGUACAGCUGUCAGCUGUGCGGCAAGAAAUUCACACAAUCGGCACAUCUCAAGAAACACUUUCUUACUCACAAGUGA